AUGGAUCUACUGCAGUGCAUCUUGCAGGAGCUGGAACAAAAAGAGAGGCUAGCAAACGAAGGACAGCUGCUGAAGCGGCGACCCAAAUGCUUUUCAAGAUCCGAUUCUGGCUUUCAGGCAGACGCGGAGACCCAACUACCUUCAGGCGGCGCGAGCGCUGCCACGUCCCCGCUUUCCAGUUUGCCGCCGGCUGCAGACCGGCUGCGUGCCAUCCCAUUGGCACUGUCUGAAUGCCUGCCUCCAUCUCUCCCAGUUGGCCCACCGCCCGGACUGGAGCUGCCAGUCGGCGAGGCGGAUCGUUUCGGUGCUGCAAUGGGGAUGGAGGCAGAAGCGGCCAUCGAACCAACGAACACAUCCUGGGAAUGGACGAUUUUGAAUCCCAAUGCCAAGUUCAAGGCCAACUGUGGAUGCCCAUUGGUUUCGAAUCCCUUCAGCCUGGCCGGCUUCAAUGACAUGCGUGCGAUCUUUACACCUGGAACCCUCUGGCAAAAUGCGCAGCCAAAGGACCCCAAGAAGCACAGGAAGGACAAGGUCUGGCAAAAAGGAUGCCGCUACGGAUCGCUUCAACUGAAGUUCAGCAGAAGGCCGAGUGCCGAGCAGAUCAGCAUCUACUUCAACAUCGGCUCGUGUCGGCUCGGUCCUCUUUCUGCUUCUAUGGAGCACUGCACGUCUCAGGUUUGUGAGCUCAGUAUGGACUGGCGCUCCCACGUGGACAAAGGGAGUUCGCUGACGAUUGGUGUCGAGGUUCGGGCAGACUGA